CGGCAACAUUAUGAGCACUCAAAGCAGGUCUUAGCGGCUGUACUCUAAAGAAAGGCGCAACAAGGGCGAAAAGAAGACUCGAAAGUAGUGACAUCAAGAUGGCUGAUAUUGAGCACCUCAAAUCUCUGUUCCAGUUCUACCCGGACUUUCCCAAGAAGGGCAUUAACUUCUGUGACAUACUGCCCGUGCUGCGCGACCCGCAAGCGUUCGAAUCCCUCCUAACGCAUAUCCUCUCGCAUAUCUUCAACUUCACACUGCCGAAACUCGCUGGCCCAAGCAAGAAGAUUGACGUUGUGGUUGGGCUCGACGCUCGAGGCUUCCUUCUGGGCCCAAGCAUUGCGUUGCGCCUUGGCGCAGCUUUCGUACCUGUUCGUAAGAGGGGGAAGCUCCCGGGAAAGUGCGAACGUGCGACGUACAUGAAAGAGUAUGGCGAAGACGUAUUCGAAGUCCAAGCAGACUCAAUCAAGCCUGGCUCCACCGUUCUCGUUGUCGAUGACUUGAUCGCCACGGGCGGUUCGGCCAAGGCAGCCGGUGAACUCGUGCAGAAAUGCGGCGGCAAGACGGUUGAAUACGUGUUCGUUGUCGCCAUCCCUUUCCUCAAGGGUGCUGAGAAGCUCGAUUCGCCUUCGUAUAACCUGGUCGACAUUGACUAGACGUGAUCGGCGGCUUCCAAAGAUAUGCGGUGAAUUCAACAGUUCACUGUCAGAGUGACAACCCGCUCCGCAAUUAGAACUUUAUCUCUAGGUCACCCCAACUUCAGCUUCGGUCGUGCGAUGCAGUGGCUAGGAUACAUUGUGAUGCUGGACCGACACCGGUGCGGAUCAUCCUAGCUUGUUCGCCUUCUUUCCGAGUGACUCUACGACGUCGCCAACGUGUUUGAGUGUCUCAAUCGUCGCCUCAUAGAUUU